CAGUUGUCCCUUGUCAACUGUCAUAGAAAGCAUGGACUGUGGGUCACUAACAGGGCGAUAUAUUUACAAAUUGUUUUAUUGAAAUUAACUGGAGGGUUAUUAAACGUGAUUAAAUAUCAAAAUAAUUAGCGACUUGUAAGCUACCUAUCGUUAAAGCACUUAUAAAAAUGGGAAAGCAAAAGAAGACAAGAAAGAUAGUCGAAAAGCGUUUCGCACAAAUGAAAAAAAUGAUUAGCCUUAACGACAACAGAAUAAAACCGAGUGAUCGUGGUAUACAGAAAAAAAAGAAACCUGAUCCAAAUGCAGUGAAAAUACGAGAAGUUCCACAAACAAGUUCUGCUUUAUUCUUCCAAUAUAACACACAACUCGGCCCUCCAUAUCACGUUAUAAUUGAUACAAAUUUUAUCAAUUUCUCCAUCAAGAAUAAAUUGGACAUAGUUCAAAACAUGAUGGACUGUUUAUAUGCCAAGUGUAUUCCAUACAUAACUGAUUGUGUUUUAGGGGAAUUAGAAAAACUUGGUCGUAAAUAUAGAGUAGCUUUAAGAAUAAUCAAAGAUCCUCGUUUUGAAAGGCUAGCGUGUCUACACAAAGGGACAUAUGCUGAUGACUGUAUAGUGCAAAGGGUAACCCAGCAUAAGUGUUAUAUUGUAGCGACCAAUGAUAAAGAUUUGAAAAGGCGGAUAAGAAAAAUACCAGGUGUUCCUAUCAUGUAUGUUGCAGACCACAAAUAUACAAUAGAAAGAAUGCCUGAUGCUUAUGGUGCACCCAAAGGUGCAAUUUGAUUGCUAUGUAGAAUAAAUUACUGUGUUAUAA